AUGUAUUAUAUAAAAAACUUAACACAAAGGUUAAGUUUGUAUAAAAAAGUAAAAUAUAAAUACAAUAAUGACAAUUUGUUGCAGUACGCCCACAUUUUAAAUAAGGAUUUUAAAAAAUUGCAACGAAUAGCAAACACUAAGCUAAUAAACGAAUGUAGCAUAUAUUAUAAAGAUGAAAACUUGAGUAAUUUAUCACAGCUAAUAGGCGAUUCAGUCAAAAUAAUAAUAAACUCCUUCAAUAAAUUCGGCCAGUCAAACGUGUAUCUGUCGUUCAAUGGAGGGAAGGAUAGCGUCGUCGCACUGCAUCUUUACAGAAUCGCAUCACACGAAUUUGCAGCUGAGAACAAGGGCCACGACUUGCAGGCGGUGUACUUUAAGGACCCCUCGGCCAACGAGUUCGACGAAAUAACUGGUUUUAUACACACGAUAACUAGUAAAUACGGCUUAAACCUGAGAGUCGUGGAGGACACGUGGGAGAGGGGCGUGAAGCUGUUCCAGAACAGCUCCUUCAUACUCGGCUCCAGAAGCAUGGACGAGGGCUGCGGGGACCUGAAGCCCCUGGAGGCCGGCGACGCGGACGACUUCGAGUUCUUCAGAAUCAAUCCGAUACUCAACUGGACCUACGGAGACGUGUGGAACUUUUUGCUGUACUUCCAGCUCGAGUACUGCUCACUGUACGACAAGGGCUACACGUCGAUCGGAACGGUCAACGACACGCUCCCCAACCCAUACCUGAAGAGCGGGGACACUUACCUCCCCGCAUACAAGCUGACCCAGUGGGAGUACGAGCGCUGCAGCAGAGUAAAGCACUGA